AUGCCCCAAGGCCAUGGGAAUAAGGCCGUCACACCCAUCCAGGACCAGCAUAAAAGACAACCCACAGCCUCGCACCCCCACACACUUCUCACACCCCCUGCCCUGCCUCAUCCCCCCUCUCUUCCAGGGACUCUCGACACCACACCCAUGGCCUGCCAGGACAUCUGCCGUCCCUGCGGACCCACCCCGCUGGCCAACAGCUGCAACGAGCCCUGUGCCCUGCAAUGCCAGGACUCCCGCGUCAUCAUCAACCCUUCCCCUGUGCUGGUGACCCUGCCAGGACCCAUCAUGACCUCCUUCCCCCAGAACACCGCUGUUGGAUCCACCUCCUCGGCUGCUGUGGGCACUGAACUCAGUGUGCAGGGACAGCCCAUCUCUGGUGGAUUUGGUGGAUUUGGUGGUUUUGGCUAUGGCCUUGGCUAUGGCCGUGGAUUUGGCUAUGGGCUGGGUUGUGGCUAUGGGCUGGGAGGCCUGGGCUGCUAUGGCAGAAGGGGGGGCUACAACUGCUAA